GAUUGAAAGUUGUUUAUUACUAGUCAGAAAUUAUGUCGUGAUGUUACCAUCUAGUCAUUUGUUUAUAAGUAUGUUUAUAGGUUAAAAAUAAUAGAUGCCCUGAUGAUAUAUGAUUUUAAAAGAUUAUUCAAUGCAAAACAUUUUUAUUAUAAAAGUGGUUCCUUGUCAAGUACAUGUAAGUAUAGUUUGUAUGAAUUGAGUAGUAAGACCUGAUUGUAUUUAUAGUGGACAGUCCUUGUGUGAUGACGUCACAGUGACCGGAAGCGGCCAUACUGUAUUCCUUACUUAGGACCACUGUCAUCAUAAUCAUCAUAAUUUUUGAAUACUCAUUCAAAUCAAGAAUAAAAGAACUACGAGAACAUUAUUCUCUUGUGUUACAAAUGGCGUCGUGGACAGGAUUCUUGUGAUUGUGAUUCUUGUGAUUGACGACAGUGUGCAUCAGCAUGGAACAGCUCGUCCAAGGAUUGUUGGACAAAAUAAAGAUUUUGGAGACGAGAGAAAACCAAGACAGGCAGGAAAAUGCGGCCAUGCAACAAGAAAUUAAAAAUUUACAAGGAAAAGUUUCUUCACUGAAAGCUACCGAGUCGAAAGAAAAACCAACACCUUUAGUGUAUGUCAAGUCCGAACGAAAAUUUCCUAAGUUUGGAGGUCGACCAGUUAAGGAUGGAGACCCAGAUGUUUACGAGUGGAUUUCCGACAUGAGGGAACAUAUACAGUCUACACAGUCCAAAGACGAUUUCGUAGAUUUCAUCAUGGACCAUUUAACUGGAUCCGCAAAAUCAGAAGUGAAACUUCGACCUCAUACAGAGAGAAAAACAGGAAAACAAAUUCUCGACAUCUUGGAGGCUGUGUUCGAAAUCAAAGAAACCACUACCCAACUUCUCCAGAAAUUUUAUCAACGAGACCAAAAACAGGAUGAAACAUUAGAAAAAUAUUCUCUUGUAUUAAUGGAGAUGGCACAGAAAAUCAACAAGAAAGAUAAGAAAGAGCAAGUGACUGAUGUUAAGCUUACCGAGAGAUUUGUUGAUGGAAUCAGAGAUCAGAACACCCGACAAGAACUGAGAAAAGUUGUGUUAGACUCUGGCAACGUACCAUUUUUUGAAUUCAGACUUAAAAUGUUACGAUGGAUAGAAGACAACCCUGGUGUGAAUCUCAGUGUGAAGAAAACAUCAUGUGUACCUACUCCAAAUACAGAACAGAGUGAAUUAAUGACUCUACUUAAGAAACAACAAGAGAUGUUAGAGAAACAACAACAACAGAUUGAUACGCUUACACAAACAGUACAAAAGUCUCGACAGUCUGAUUCACCUCGGAGGGGUAAUAGACCCGUACCGUCCAGAGGACGUGGCCGAGGGAUCAGAAGACAAGAUCAGAUUGUUUGUUAUGCCUGUAACGGACUUGGACAUUUUUCAUCAGAAUGCCCAAAUCGUAAAAAUGGAUUCUCACAGAACAAAGAAGAUAGACGACUGCAACAACAGCCGAGACAGAAGUUUCCAAACACCGACCCAAAAGCAAAUCCCUCACAGUAG